AACCGCCAUUAAACCUGAUCUAAGAAGAAGAUAACAGCAUCGAGUCACCCCACGACACAGAAAACGGAUCAGACCCUAAAAUACACGCACUAAAAAGACACAUGGAUCUAUAGGAACGAGUAUAUCGGUGAAUACAGCAAAAUUAGACGCGCCUGACUAUUACCACAAGGUUACACACAGCCGUAGUUUAUGCUAGGUUAUGUAUGCAGGGAGAAUUGCAGUUGCUGCGUUGAAGUGAAACAUUUUAUGGAGGCUUAGAAGGACGCGGGGGAGCGAGGAGCCGAAGUGGGGAAACUGGAGAUUGCUACAACGUACUGGAAACAGUACAGCUUCUGCUGGCUACGAGUGACCCACGCGCACGGGACGGGGUGGAAACAUGGCCGCGAAUGGCAACAAUUUAACAUCUGGGAUGGGAGAAAUUAUCCAACUGAACGUUGGUGGGACACGGUUCAGCACCUCUAGACAGACUCUCAUGUGGAUCCCAGACUCUUUCUUUUCAAGUUUGCUGAGUGGGACAAUAUCAUCUCUACUGGAUGAAACUGGAGCUAUAUUUAUUGACAGGGACCCAACAGCCUUUGCGCCCAUCUUGAAUUUCCUUCGAACCAAAGAGUUAGACUUAAGGGGGGUAAACAUUAACAUUCUCCGCCAUGAAGCUGAGUUUUAUGGGAUAACGCCAUUAGUGAGGAGGUUGCUGCUGUGUGAGGAAAUAGAACGUUCGUCCUGUGGCAGUGUUCUGUUCCAUGGAUACCUUCCCCCUCCAGCUCUCCCAGCCCGUAACUCCAGUCCUACCCCUGCAGCCUCUGGCCUUGCCGCUGAGGAUCGGCCUGGUCCUAGCGGAGCAGAGGGUGGGUUCCCCCAAACCUGUCCCCCCCACCCCUCCCUUCCCGGACCCCCUGGAGCCGAGGUGGCACACAGACUGGGUGCUGUGGUGGAUCCUAGGAAGGUGCUGAUUGUAGCUGGACAUCAUAACUGGAUCGUAGUGGCUUAUGCACACUUUGUCAUCUGUUACAGGAUAAAGGAGUCGUCAGGGUGGCAGCAGGUGUUUUCUAGCCCCUAUCUGGACUGGUCCAUUGAGAGAAUCGCUCUCAACGCCAAGGUGGUAGGCGGUCCCCAUGGCGAUAAGGACAAGAUGGUGGCAGCCGCCUCCGAUAGCAACAUCAUCCUCUGGAGCAUCCAGGACGGAGGGAGCGGCAAUGAGAUAGGUGUGUUUAGUCUGGGUGUACCAGUAGAUCAUCUGUUCUUCAUUGGGAACCAGCUAGUGGCCACCAGUCACACGGGGAAGGUGGGGGUCUGGAACGCUGUCACACAGCACUGGCAGGUGCAAGAUGUAGUUCCCAUCACCAGCUGUGACACAGCUGGCUCCUUCCUGCUUCUGGGCUGCAACAACGGAUCCAUCUACUAUAUAGAUAUGCAGAAGUUUCCUUUGAGGAUGAAGGAUAAUGAUCUGUUGGUGACAGAACUGUACCACGACCCAUCUAACGAUGCCAUAACUGCCCUCAGUGUCUACUUCACACCCAAGACCAGUGUGAGUGGUAACUGGAUAGAGAUAGCGUAUGGGACCAGUUCUGGAGCAGUGAGGGUCAUAGUCCAACACCCUGAGACAGUAGGCUCUGGACCUCAGCUCUUCCAGACAUUUACUGUCCACCGCUCCCCUGUCACCAAGAUCAUGCUCUCUGAGAAACACCUUGUCUCAGUGUGUGCGGACAACAACCAUGUGCGUACGUGGACAGUGACGCGGUUCCGAGGUAUGAUCUCCACGCAGCCUGGCUCCACCCCCCUUGCCUCCUUUAAGAUCCUCUCACUGGAGGAGACUGAGAGCCACGGCAGCUACUCAUCUGGCAACGACAUUGGUCCAUUUGGGGAGAGAGACGACCAGCAGGUGUUUAUUCAGAAGGUCAUCCCCAUCACCAACAAGCUGUUUGUUCGCCUCUCCUCCACUGGGAAAAGGAUCUGUGAGGUGGCGGCAGUGGAUGGGACCACCAUCUCGUGUUUCACGGUUAGGGAGUGUGAGGGUUCUAGCAGGAUGGGUUCUAGACCCAGGAGGUACCUGUUCACGGGCCAUGGCAAUGGCAGCAUUCAGAUGUGGGACCUCACCACUGCUAUGGACACUGCCAACAAGGGAGAGGAGAAGAAGAAAGAUGAGGUGGGCGGGCCAACAGAAGAGGAGCUGCUUCAGCUAUUGGACCAGUGUGACCUCAGCACCUCCCGCUGUGCCACGCCCAACAUCAGCCCGGCCCCCUCGGUGCUGCAGCCCAGCCGUCUCCGAGAGUCCUGCUCCAGCCUCCAGCUGCAGGCCCAGGAGCCCAUUCCAGAGACGGCCACCUACGGAGCUCUGCGACCCUACAGAGAGAGCCCACUGCUGGCCCGAGCCCGGCGCACAGAGUCCUUCCACAACUACAAAGACUUCCAGAACUUCUCCCUAGGGAAAGGCCUGCUGGAGAGCCCUGAACAGGCUCCAGGACAGGGGGCAUGCCCAGGUACAGAAGCCAGAACCCGGUCGCUGUGUGAGGCUGGGGGAGAGGAGGUGGAGAGGAGGGGCUCUGCCAUGGAGCUCUGGGCUAGCCGAACCACUAACGCCGCUUACGCUAAUGUUGUUGCUAACGUUGCUGUGGUCACAGAUGCCGAUGCAGCUGAGGGUAUUACAGAAUCGCCACGGCAACUGCCUGAGAGCCCUGGUGGAGACGUUCGUCGAAGGGUCCAAUCGGAGGAGGAGGAGUGGGCGGGGCUUGGAUCUGGGGCGGAGGCUAGGUCUGAGGUGAGGAGGAAGGCAGGGUUUGAGGGGGGGGUGUUUCUGGGCAGGAAGAGGGCACCUCCCGUCCCCCAGCUCUCCUCGCUGUCCUCAGGGGUGUCUGAGGGGGGAUGCAGUGACUCCUCCUCCACCGCCUCCCCCUCCCCCACUAAGCUGGCCUCCACUUCCCCCCGACGCAGGAAGUGCAGCGAGCCGGCCAAUCAGGACAGCAGCCUGUGAGUGAAGGACAGCUCUGAUGCAGACACGCCCCUUGUGUCUGUCAGUCAACAGCUUCAGGUAGAAGUUACCCCCGUAAACACUGAUCUAGGACCAGCCAACCCUCCACAACCCUAACCAUUAGGAGGAACUGGCCUUAGAUCAGUGUCUAUGGGCAACUUCAUCUCACAGGCAACACUCAUGUAUGACAUCUCAAAAGAAAGCCCUAUAUUCUCAGUCAAGAGGAAGAAACUUGACGCAGCCUAAGGAUCAUGACUUUAACCCUUUAUAUAUCUCCAUCAUUGCUAGUAUCUGGUAGCUACACAAUUAAUAAUAAUAAAUCCUUUGGUGGGUGCUUAUAUUUGUUCUAACGUCAUACAUGUACAAGUGUGUAUUAAUAUUUGAAAGUUGUAUGGGGGAGAUCAGAUGGAAUCUAUUUGAAAGUUGUAUGGGGCGAUCAGAUUGAAUCUAUUUGAAAGUUGUAUAGAGGAGAUCAGAUUGAAUCUAGGCCUAAACUACAUCUCUUCUCAUAUUUACACUUUCACUCCAGCCAGAUAAUAAAGAAAAUAAAUAGAUCUA